AUGGUUCGAAAGGAUAGCGAGAGCAGCUGCUCCAGCGAUGACAGUCAUUCUGGCGAGGACUACACCUUGGCCAACGAUGCCGUCGUUACCAAGUACCAGGUUGCUGCUGAGAUCACCAAUGCUGUUCUCAAGGUAGCGAACGAGAGUUUGGAACAGGUUAUCAAUUUUUGCUUUACAGGAGGUGAUUGCUAACAUCAAGGAAGGAGCUAAUGUCGGAGAUCUUUGUGAUUUUGGAGACAAGCUGAUUCUCGAGAAGACCGGUAGACUCUACAAAAAGGAGAAGAAGCUCACCAAGGUUCGGAAAAGGCAGUUGGGGAAAGUCUUCAUCGUGAUUUCUUCAGGGAAUCUCCAUGCCAACCUGCAUUUCUGUAAACAACUGCAUUUGCCACUACACUCCACUCCGAUCUGAGCCCCAAGUUACGUUGAAGGCCGGUCAAGUUGUCAAAAUUGAUCUAGGAGCUCACAUUGACGGCUUUAUUGCCACCGCCGCCCACACUGUUGUUGUUGGUGCUUCGAAAGAGAACAAAGUCACUGGAAAGGUUGCCGAUCUUCUCCGCGGAACGUACGAUGCUAUGGAGAUUGCUAUUCGCUCUCUGAGACCAGACACCCUCAAUCUUGACAUCACCAAGAAUAUCGACAAGGCUGCUGCUGAAUUCGGGCUCACCCCAAUUGAGAACAUGCUCUCCCAUCAGCUCGAAAGAAACGAAAUCGACGGAGAAAAGAAAAUCAUUCAGAACUCUGGAGAGAAGCAAAAGGGAGAGAUCGAGAAGGUUCGUUAGACACUUCACACAUUUCUUAUCAGUCCUCCUCUUUCAGGUCAAAAUUGACAAGCACGAGGCUUACGCUAUCGACGUUCUUCUCUCAACUGGAAAGGGAAAGCCGAAGGACUUGGACACUCGCACCACUGUCUACAGAAAGAACGAGUCUGUCAGCUAUCAGCUCAAGAUGAAGGCUUCUCGCGUCUUCUUCGCUGACGUCAACAAACAGGUUUUUUUUGCUAAUUGAGCUUUAGUCUACUUUUAUAUUUGCAGCACGGACCAAUGCCAUUCUCUCUGCGCAGCUUCGAGGAGGAAGUCAAAGCCAAGAUGGGAGUCGUUGAGUGCGAGAAGUACGGACUUCUUGUUCCAUACCCAGUAUGUUAAAUAACGGAGAGCUUCUCAUACGAUAGUUCACAGGUACUCUACGAGAAGGAAGGAGAGCUUGUUGCUCAGUUCAAGGCUACCGUCCUUGUGAUGCCAAACGGCCUUCUCAAGAUCACCGGACUCCCCUUCGACAGCGAUGUCUAUCAAUCUGACAUUACCGUCAAGGUGAACUCCAUUUUAACUUCAGAUUUUGAAUUUGUUUAUUGCAGGACGCGGAACUUCAGACAGUCUUGAAGUCGGCCUUGAAGCCAAAAAAGAAGAAGGAGGCCAAGAAGGACGAACCGGCUGCCGCCAAGAAAGCAUAA